CUGCUCGGAUUGGUUAAUAAUGUGUGGCACAUGGUCUAUUAUCACCUGUAGUAGCAAGGUUCUGAACAGAAACGCCGACGGUACAGGCAACAGGUCAGACAGACAAUACCUGCGCGAUUAACGGAAUGCGGUGUUACUAGCACAAAUUCUGUGAAAUUACAGGGAAAGAAAGGUUCUCUAACUUCUAUUACUACCUUGGACUCUCUGGACUUUCAAACCUUCAUCUUUACAAUGCCAAAGAGUGACACAUGGCCCGGUGGCAUCGCCAUAGAGACGAUCACUGGCAUGGACAGUGCAGGCAGCUGUGACAGUGUUGCCAGUAUAAACUCUGGAUUUAGUGACGAUAGCCUCGAGCACCUGUCUGCUGAGGAGAGGGCAUGUCUCAUGUUCUUGGAGGAGACCAUAGAGUCCCUAGAGACUGAGGAGGACAGUGGACUGUCCAAUGAUGAUCCUGACUGCCUGCCCACCCCCAGCAACGUGGCCACCAAGAUGGCCCACCUCUCUGCCUCCAUUGGCCAAAACAAGCUCAACAAUGUAUCAAAAUAUCCCAGUGAUGAGCACGGUUACCUGGUUCCUACUCCGUUCAUCCUGUCCAAGGCCAGGCCAGGCAUACCCCCAAAUAAGGAGAACUCUCACCCAAAGCCCCAGGUCACUGCCUUGGACAACAGGCCAUCUCAGGGCCACCACCCUUGUGUACCCCCUGAGGUCAAUGUUGUGGUGAUUCCCCCUCCAUCAAAGCCCAAAGACUACCCUGGUCAGAGACCACCCCAUUCACCCAGGGGCCCUCUGUCCUAUGAGGCCCUAGUGCAGCUGAGGAAGAGUGCCGCCAUGAAGAGAACCCCUCAAUGUGCCACAGCUGAGACCAGAGACUGGAACAAGCAGCCCUCUUCAUCAGCCGUUCCCAUUCACCUGCACCAUGGGAGCACACCCAGAGACCCCUCAGUCAGCCCAGCCCAGGGCACACUCCCCCAGGAGCCCAGCAAGCACAAGGACAGUCCUCCAGUCGUGUUCCCAAAACCCCCCAAAAUACCCUCCCACAUUGCCCUGAAUACCCGAAAGGGUACAGCCAACCCCACCACAGACUGCAGUGCCCCUUCCUUGAGCUCAUCACCCACAGACAGGCAUUUGUCAGACCCCCAGAAGGUGAGAAAGGAGGCCUUGCAGAAGCUGGGGCUCCUGAGAGACAUUAAUGAGUCCCAACCUAAGUCUGUUACGCCACUGUGCUCCUCCAAAUCGCACUCCACCUGGGACCUAACUUCAGCCAGUGUGGGAGUUAAAGCUUCACCCCACAGUAACUCAACAAGAAGCCAGCCCUCAACCUCCUCCCAAGGACCCAGAGAACCUAACAGCAGGCCAGUACAAAGCAGCAGCUUCCUCCAUCGCUCUAGGAGUGAGGAGCAGCCCCCCAUACCGCUCUCACACCUGGCCCAACCUAGUGGGGUCAAAGCUGCCACCCUAGAGCGCUCUGGGGUGGGGCUUGGGAGCUACGUGGACGACCACAGGAAACCUCCCCAGGAUGGACGUUGCACUCCACCUGCUCCCAUCAAAGCCCCAGAGCAGGUGAAAACAACCCUUGCUGCCCAGCCAGUGUCCCCCCACAAGACUCCGCACUGCCCGGGCUUCAGUGUGGUGAUGGUACCAAGCAUGGGAGAAGACAGACGAGAGGCUCUUAGGAAGCUGGGGCUGCUGAAAGACUAGGCCCGGAGAGAAGGUAGCCGUAUCGCAGCAUAAAGAGGGGAUUGAAUUUGAUUUCGGUAAAUAUUUUUAGCACUGGUUUAUCAGGAAAAUACUUUCUUCCUUUUCUGCCUGUAAAACCUGUUAAUGCAGUUUUUAAUUUUCAUGUCAGUUGUUUAAUAACAUGAUAUUUGUAAAUUGUUUUAAGAGUUUUGCUGUCACAGAAACAGUCACUGCACACUUAUACAGCUGAUCAGAGGAAUGAAUGCAACAGGCUUAUUCAUCAUAUUUUUGGUAUAAUUGCUGUGUAACAGACUGUGUUCAUGGUAUGCUUGAGAUGAGAACAGGUAUUUGACCAUACACUAAAAAGUAUUUUUGUGUCA